AAUUGUGGAUGAGUGGUAAUUAUUGGAUUGUGUUUGGCACCUCUUGGACAAUUCUGCUCUGUCUGCAUUGUCAGUGUUAUUUGGAAAUGCAGGGGACAAUCAAUAUAGCUUGUGGUUUCACCUUUGAACAAACCCAACAGGCAUAUCUGUAGUGUUGCCCUUGACGCUCAGCAUACCCUUGUUGAUUAAAUAAGGAGGCACAGAUUGUGUUUGUGGCUUUGGGCUAGAUGGAUGGUGUUCCAACUCUGCUCUCCAAACCCCUUCACAGCUCACCUGUCUUGCACUUCACUGAGACAAGUUACAGGGCCAAAAAGUAUUGGGCGUCAAUACUGGAAAACAGCCGGGGUGGUCUGUCUGCCUGAGGCAGGGCGACGGGGGAGACCUGACAUGGUGCUCUGCCUCGGGAUGAAGUGGCUAGAUUGGAUGAAGAGAGCUUGGUUCAAUCCAGGCAUCAAACCAAACACACUUUGCCCUAUCAGUUGGUCCCGUCUUCCGGGAAGAGCGCCUGCAAAGUGUGGAGAGCUUGUUCGGGAGCUGGCGUCAUUUUAUUUUCUGUCAUGUAUACCUCUGUGUACCCUGGGUCAGCGAGGGAGUGCUUCAUUUCAUGGAUGCUUUAAAACCAUUUUAAGAGUAUUGUCUUUUAAAUGAGUGUUCAUCCUACAAUUAAACAUAGAACAUUGAAUUUUGACACAUCCCCUGUCUCCUUCCCACCCUGUCAAUUAUUCCCCACCCACUCUUUCCCAGCUUACCUUUUCAUCAGGCUUCGAUUUUCUUCUCACAUUUUUUCCAUCUAUCAAACUGCCUAUCGCUGGCAGCAUGUAACCCUGCAGAGCCACAGGUAAGAAGAGCCUGUGGAAAUGUGUGGCCUGUGGAAAGUAGGUCAUCAGUCGCACGCUGUGUGAGCGUCUGGGUGCAGAGAAGCUGCGCCAGGUGACAGGACUGCUGCGUAACAUCUCUGAGUACAGGUGAUGCUGAGAGAGUGGACAUGUGGCUUCUGUUCUUCUCUUCCAGUGUCAAAACUCCCCUAGUGACCUCUUAUGUUCCUUGUGGUUGGUGUUCAACCUUUGCACUCACAAUUCCUCCAAAAAAAAGUGAAGUGUUGAUUGUACCCUCUGCCCUCCCCUUCUAGAUUAGCUCUUCCUUGAGUUUUGGAGAAAGAUAGCCACUUCUUUGGAGUCCAGAGAGGGGAAUGCUGGAGGAAGUAUUCCUCUAGUCACUUGUUCCGUGGGUCUGUUGAUCCGGCCAUUUCUCUGAACACUGAAAAGUAUUCUUUUGCCUCUUUGGAUUUUCUCAGUUCCUGCUUACUGAUUUUAUGUAGCCAGAGGCCUGAAAUGCAGACUACUCUUGCCAUUCAGUUUCCCCUAUGUAUCCUGUGUCCUUGUUAUGGCAUCCCUUUUGUCUUUCCAAGCCUGUCACUAGAGUGGAUAAAAUACUUAUUACUAUUCUUCUAGGCAGAUUUUUUUUUUUUUAAUGAACAAACUGAACCUUUUUUUUUUUUAACCAGAGAUUGAACCCAGGGGCACUUAACCACUGAGCCAUAUCCACAGCCCUUUUUAUUUUUUAUUUCGAGACAAGGUCUCGCUAAGAUGCUGAAGCUGGCUUUGAACUUGUGAUCCUCUUGAUCCAGCUUUGCAAGCUACUUGGAUUAUAGGUGUGCACCACCACCGCCGGCUAAGAUAUAUUUACAUGUGUAUAUGGGUUUUUGUUUUUGCUUUGGUACCAAGGAUUGAACUCGGGCACUGAAUCACUGAGCCACAUCCCCACCCAUAUUUUAUUUAGAGACAGGGUGUCUCACUGAGUUGCCUAGUGCCUCACUUUUGUUGAGGCUGGCUUUGAACCCUUGAUACUCCUGCUUCAGCCUCCUGAGCUGCUGGGAUUACAGGCGUGCGCCACCAUGCCCAGCAAUAUUUUUAAACUGAGAGUUGAGAUUGAACACUCUUACCACUGAGCUAUAUACUCUGCCCUUUUUAAAAUGUAUUUUGAGGAAGUCUCCCUACAUUGCUGCAGAUGGCAUGGAAUGUUUGAUUUUCUCACCUUAGUCUCCAGAUUAGCUGGAAUUACAGGCAUGUGCCAUCACAUGCAACUUUUAUUUUUUUAGACGAGGUUUAAAUUUACAGCAGAAUUAAAAGGUACAGAAAGUUCCCAUAUUUUCCUUGCCUUGGCACAUACAGAGCCUCAUUAUCAACACCUCUCAUCGAAGUGGUUACAUUUGCUCCACUUGUAAUUCUUUUUGAUCAUCCUUCAGAGGGACUUGCUGAGUGGAGGAGGGCUACUAACUUAUCACUGAAAAUUUUGCAUAGAGCUAUCUCUUAUCUCCAUUUGCUCUUGUUUUAAAAUGAGUUAGGGGAAAAUCAGAACACAGAUUAGCUAACAGGCAAACUCCUAACUAUGAUUUUCGGUGAAAGAAUUCAAAAGAGGAAUGACCAGUUGCUCUCGGUCGUAACCAGCCUUUGAAAAAGGAGAAACCAAAAUGGAAAAGCGAUUAUCCUAUGACAGACGGACAGCUGCGCAGCAAGAGGGACGAAUUUUGGGACACUGCACCAGCUUUUGAAGGCCGGAAAGAGAUUUGGGAUGCCUUGAAGGCUGCUGCACACGCUUUUGAGAGCAAUGAUCAUGAACUGGCACAAGCAAUCAUUGAUGGUGCAAACAUAACCUUACCACACGGUGCGCUUACGGAGUGCUAUGAUGAACUGGGGAGCAGAUACCAGCUUCCCGUGUAUUGCUUGGCACCGCCAAUCAACAUGAUAGAGGAAAAGAGCGACACAGAGACUCUGGACAUUCCUGAGCCACCACCCAACUCUGGCUACGAGUCCCAGCUCCGACUUCGCCUCUCCACAGGCAAAGACCUCAAGCUUGUGGUGCGCAGCACAGACACGGUGUUCCACAUGAAGAGACGCUUGCACGCAGCCGAAGGGGUGGAGCCGGGAAGCCAGCGGUGGUUCUUCUCAGGCAGACCUCUCACCGACAAAAUGAAGUUGGAGGAGCUGAAGAUCCCCAAGGACUACGUCGUGCAGGUGAUCGUGAGCCAGCCCGUGCACAACCCCACGCCAGUCGAGAACUGAGCCGAGCCAGCUCCCCCUCUCCUGUUUGUUAUUGUUGUCAUUUUCAACUCUGUGGCGUGAAACCUAUUUUCACUGCUCUGAAUUCCCUAUGAAUGAAUUUAGUUCUGAGGAAUUACCAGUGAAAAAUUCCAUCUGUGAUGGAGACCAACAAAAAUAAUAAAACACAAAGAGCCAGCCUUUGAGACUCAUGUAACUACAAUUUCUAAUUUGAGAGGCAGUUAAGAAAAUAGAUAACCAUUUAUUUUAAAACACUCAACUACUUAAUGGCUGAAUUUAAAUGAUUUAGACUGUAAGUGGAACAUUGUAACCUUGAAGAACAGCACCAAGCACCUUUGAAUACAGAAUUUUUAAAACAUCUGUCAGAUUAUAUAAUUUCCAGAUGUCACCAAUAAUGGUUAUAAUUUUUUGAUAGAAUCUGAGAAGAGCAGUAUUUGAGAUUCAUUUCUGUUCUGGUUUUUUGUUAGCUCAUUUCAUAUUUAGCCAUAAAGGAGUAAGACUGGCAAAUUGUGUUUCAGUGUUGCUUUUCCCAUCCCCACAUGUUGAGCCCCUUAUUGACAGUCACACUAAGUUUGGGUGCCUUGAGCAUGUUUGAUGGCCGGGACCCCUCUGAACACCAGGCAGUAAGUAGUUCGUGCAGUCCUGUUUCUGAUUUCCACCUGAUCCUUGGGUGCUGCGUAGGUGUUUUGGAAUCCUGCACAGACAGCUGUUUUCAUGUCUGGUUUAGAAGGUCACUACGUCGUGUACCUUCCGUGUACCUUCCAUACUCCCUGCUCUGUUUGCACUUGCAUCGCCUACCCUGCCCCAGGCCCAUAGUCCCCGGGCGGGAGGCAGGAGUCUAUUACUCUUCCCACCACGAGGCAGUGCAGUGAGGCUCUCCCGGCUCUGCAGGGGUGCAGGGAAAGCCCAGUCCUCCUGUGCCUGGGAGAACUUGCAGAGAAACUUUCGACUGAGAAUCCAGAGUGAAAGGUUUGCUGGUGUUGCUUUCACAUUAGCAGUGACGUGGCAGCGCUUCAGACCUCAGUGCUCCCCAGUUCACUGUUACCCUCAGCCAAGCGGAUAACAGUUCUUCUCUCAUCUUUUCUUGCAAAGAGGCAAGUUAAGAACCAUCUGCAGAAUCAUGUUUGGUGGCCAGGAACUGAGAAAUCUGCGAAGGCCUGAGUCUUGGGUGCUGUGGCUGAGUAAAGCUGCCCAGGGCUGCGUUUAAUUUGGAGACCCUUAAGACCUGGCUCUGAGAGAGAAGCGGACUCCCUCCCUUACCAGGCUGUGUCCUGGGGCCUCCGUGAGGAGGAAGGGGAGCAAGGAGCAUGGGUGCCGUGCUGGGGGGAGGCACACCUCCACAGCUACUUGGGUGUGAGCACCUUGUUAGUUAAAGUGACAAAAUGAAACUGCUAAUUAGUCUAAAUGCAUUGUUUAAAAAUGGUAUUAAAUCUCCUAUAGCCUGAUUAAGUAUAUCUAUAACUGUAACUUUAUCAUGUUUCUGAGAGCUUUAACUACUUCCCUAAUGUUAUUCGAUCACUUUAAAGAUUGUGGCUACAUCUGAUUUGCUUGUUGAUGAUUGACUCUAAAUUCAAGAGAAACAGCAGCAUUAAUUCCAGAGGAGAAGUUUUCCCUCAGAGGUGGGGCUAGGAGGGCAUUUCAGUAGAUCGCCCUCAUCCAAAAGUUUUUGUUCAUCGUUGCCACACUGAACAGCAGCAUCUCUCAUGUUCAUCAACUGGAAAAAAAAAUGUUUAAACUGAUUUUUCUUAAGGAAAUUUGUUAAUGUCAUCAAUAAUCUAUGGUUGGUAAAAGGUCUUGAUUAUUGAAGAUUCUCUCUCUUUAAGAGUUAUUUUAUUUUAAAGGAACAUAUACUUUGAAUAACAAUUUUCUGGGCAUGUUUAACCUAGGUAAGAAAACCAUGGUGCUGUUUAAUUGUUAAUAGAUUGAUAUAAGAUUGGACCAAUACUUGAUGUGUAUAAUUUUAGUAUGUAGGGUUUUUGUGCUUUUUUAAAAAAAAAAAAAAAGUUAAAUUUU